AUGUCGGAAGGAGCAAGAAGUGCUCUGGCGAGCAGUCGUGGAGGAGCAAGUCGUGCCUCCACUCGAGGAGUGUCCUUCCGAGAACAGGGACAUGGUAGUGAGGAUAUUGAAAUGAUGGUUCAAGUGUUGAACAAGCAUUUGAAAAUGAAUUUGACGUUGGUCUCGUUUGACGAAUUAUCUAGCUCAAAACCAAGCCGAUUGUUGGACUUGUUGAAUAAUUUAAUUGGAUACUUGUCGAGCGAUUACAAGGGUGAUUUAAAUAAGGAAGCACCGGAGCAAACGUUCCAACGAGUGAUGCAUUUUCUCGUUGUGAUCUUGGGAUUUAAACAUCUCCGACAAGAGAAUCAAAAUGAAUUGGCAUCUGGAGUCAUGAAUGGAGAUCGUAAAACAUUGUAUCCAAUUAUUUUCAGUAUUUGUCAGAAAAUUGAAGACAUGAAAAAGAGAGUAUACUUGGCCAAAUAUAUGGUUGAAAUCAAAGUUCCAGAUGAAUUCUUGAUGGACCAAGAAGUCAGCAAUGUCUAUCAGCAAUACAAACAACUCAUUCAGAAUUUUAAAACCACACACCAGCAAACAUCCACUUUGAGAGAAAGCACUCAGGACCCAGAGGAAAUCAAACAACGCAUUUUCAAAAUGGAGCGUGAAAAGGAGCAAUUGAAAGUAAAGAAUGAGGAGUUGACAAAGAAAAUCCGUGAACUAACUAAUGACUCUGAAUCAUUUAUUGAUCUCACUAGCAAACUUAACAAGGAACAGGAUGAAAGAUUUUCACUAGAAAAGAGUCAGCAAGAUCAGCUUCAUAAGCUUCGAGAGAGUGAAGACCGAUUAGCUCAAGUUCAAAAGUUGUUGGCAGAAACAGAGCGAGAUAUUGGAUCAGGAGACGUUGACUCUCUGAUUGAAAAUUUAGAAGACGUCGUUACAAAGCUUCGCGAAGAAACUCAAUCCAAGCUUCCAACAGAAAUUGGUGAGAAGCAAUACAAGAUUGAUAUUUUAAAGAAGGUGUCGAACAUGUCCUCCAUGACAGAUGCCUUAUUAUCUGUAGAUAGCGAUAUUCGAAGAUUGAAAGAGGAAAUUACAACCCUUCAAGAUGAGCUCUCUCAAAAAACAGAAAACCAGCAAAACAAAGACGAUAAUAGGCUUACCUCAAUGGUCAAAGUUGUACAGAAAAAGAAGCAAGACAUGGAAAAACGAUUACACACUAAUCAAAAAGAACUCUCCAAAGUUCAAGCGAAAAUCAAAAAAGUGGAAGACGAUUUGAAACAAUUUGACGGCCAGAAAAUACCUACUGCUGAAGAAUUUGAACAACUCAGACAAGAAGUCAUGCAAAAGGCCAAUAUCGCCAAAAAGAUGAAGGCCGAAUUAGGAGAACUUAAAAAAGAGAACCUUGUGCUGCGACGAACAGAAGAAAUUCUAAAAUCUAAGGAUGAGAAAGUUGAACAAUUUUUACGAAAACUGGAACAAGAGAAAGGCAUUCAAGGUUUUCGACAAGUGCAGAAAGAAAUUAUUGAUGCAUCUCAAACCAAGAAUGAAAUUGAUAAGGAAAAGGGUGAAACAUUGGAAGAAAUAUCUAAAAUUGUUCAAGAACUGAACGAAAAGAUCAAUGCUCAAAAGGAACGUCUCAAGCAACCUGUGAAACAACUCAAAAUUCUAAGAGAAGAGCAUCAAACGGUGGAAAAUGAGUACAAUGAUAAGAAGGCAGUUUAUGAUAACAUCAAACUGGGUCAAGAGAGUGAGGUGACCAAGUUGAGAAGCGAUAUCAAGGAACUGCAAGAAGAGAUUGAGCGUCAACAAAGCCUAUACUACCUGUUACAGAGUCAAGGCACCAUCAACAAUGCAAUGAGAAAAAGAAUUGACGACGAGAAGGAUUUUUUAGAUCCCAAAUCUGGCAAGAAGUUCAGCCUCGAAUAUCAAUCUUAUACAUCCUUCUUGAAGGGAAGAAUUGAGAAACUCGAGCAACUGAGUAAGGAAUUAAGAGAAAAACAAAAGUACAUUAAGGAAACGCAUGACCCCAACAUGAAACAAAUCGAGCAGUUCACCAACUUGCGAAAACUUUUAGAGCUAAAGAUGCGUCUUCAAAAAGAGGGUGUCACUGGCUCUGUUCACUUACGACAAGCGUUUGGAAACAACAACAGUGAAGCAUUUGCUCCUCCAGGUGUUGAUCGUUUGGUAAUAAAUUAA